GCAGGCGGCAGCCUUGAUCCCCUCCUUCCUCCCCAGUCCCCACCGCCGCCACGAACUCCUACUCCGACACGAACUCUGCUCAAGCCCGCUCCCAUGGUUCCCGUCAUCGGCAUGGACUCUUUGCCCGUUCUGCAAGCCGAAAAAGGACUCGAGUCCCUCGAUCGAAAUCCCAGAUCAGACCGGAUCGCGGCGGCGCCACGAUAGGUUGACGGCCUGCAGUCCUCCUCACGGGACAAGCUGCGUUCGUGGUGCGCUCUCGCUGCCCGCCGGCUUCGACGGCGUGGGCCGGGGCGCCGCCCUUCCGCAGAUCCGCAAUUGAGUCGUGCGUCCGGUCUGCCGCCUCCCCUCAGACGUCCACGGCUCUGUGCUCUUCCGCGACGUCCAGCGUUUCUCCUCUCUACGUUUCUUUGCACGCCUCAUCUCCAAGCACGAAGCCACGGCGAGAUGGCCUGGUCUUGGUACUAUGUUGAUAGCGAGGGUGCAAGGCUCAAGGGAAGCAGCCGGUUAUGUAGUUCUUUGUAUGCUUAUGGUAUCUUGGAUGAGGGUUACAAAUUCAACAUGUUAGUUGAGGAAGCUGCUGAGUUAGCAUGGCGGGCUUUUACCACGCAAUAUUCUCUGACAGAGCUAGUGGUGGCCGUGUUCCUGGUGGGCUUGACAGACCAGUUUUUAUCUGGAAGAAAGGCCUUUAGCGUGCGUUUGGAUCUGAAGAAACAAAGCAAGAUAUGGCUGUCAUUCCUCCUAACUUGACUAGUUACUAGUAUCUCCUUGAUCCUUUGAUAAGGUAGUCUUGGCGAGUGUUUGGGCAAUAGAGAACAUAACUUGGCAAUUUAUGUACAUGUUUACUGUACUCAUUUAUUCAGGAUUAGAAGCUUAGGCCGUGUUCGGAGGCUCUCCACUCCCGGAGCGGCCGGAGCCAUAGUUAAUCAUGGAGUGGGCAAAAGAGGUACUCCGCAUAUCCUUAUAUUCCGCGGAGCUGGGGGAGUGCCGAACAGGGCCUUAAAUUCUGAACUUUAUAGUUCAGGAGUAGCUACCUCCUAAUGUACCGGUGUAAUUUAAUAGUUUCAUCGAAUGUGAAUCAGAAGUAUAUGUUGUUAAUAUAGUUGGGUAUACAUAUCAUAUCAUCUUUCUUUUCUAAGGUGUUUGAGGAGUUCAAUGCAAUGGAACAGAUGAGCUGAACAUAUCCAAGGUUUCUAGCGGGAAUCCUCGUGGCCAUUCUGGUGAUAAUGGUUGUAUUCUAGGUAAAAAAACAAAUAGUAUAAUUCUUCUAGUCCACAUAUGUAGUAGUUUCGGUUAUUGUUAUAUGUUGUUUCCUUUGUACUGUAUAUAUGCAAGCUCUUAUCAUCGAGUUUCCUUGGCAAGUUAACUUCUACAAUCAUGUUAAGCUGGCACCUAUGGUUGGUACUGAUGGGAAUUGCUCGUUUAAGCGCUGAUGAUCCAAGAAUUGUAAAGAUAAGGCGGGGGAACCUUAUUUGUGUGGUGGAUGCAAUUAUGUUAUGAGGUCAAUUUGUAACUUAUUAUACUACAGUUAUGGACCAAGCCAUGAAUCAGUACCAAAUUUCAGGAUU